AUGUUAAAAACCGAAGUACAAAAACUGUUGAAAGAAGCCGCGAAUUAUCUCAAAGAAAAUCAUAUUAAAACUGACGAACCGAACUGGCAACAUAGCAACGCUAUCAACAAUAUCCUCGAAACAAUGAAGUACUUCGAAAUUUCGUCUUUCGUAGAAGUCUUCGCAGAAAUUCGAAGUAUUAAAACUGGUCAAGACAACAUUAUAAAGAGUUUGUUUCUCGGUGUGGUAUCUCAAGUGGGAACUACUGCAGCAAAUAUCUUUGUAUUCGAUAUUAUAAAAAAUGGAGAAGUCACUGAUUUCGUAGCGAUAGAAAUGUUGACAAAGCUUCCUUUCGAUAUUCGUAAACCCAACAAAGCUCUUUUAUUUAAGUGGAAGCAUUUCAUGAAUUUCAGUAAGACUCUGCCUCCACGAGUUUAUAAAGCUACCAUUCUCGCCUUCGGUACUAUGGUGUACAGAACAUUCCAAUAUGCAACUGAAGACAUUGAAGUGCUUGACCGAUUUUUGAAUUUCUUCUAUGAUCGCGUUAUUAAUGAACUAACUUACGAGAUGAAGGUUGUUUGGCUCGGAGCUAUUCACAACGCUCAAGUAGGAAACAUUCAUACACUUGUGUCACCAAUUGUUCGCGGCGAUAUUAGCGUAUCUGAACACCCACAUUGCAUCCGUUUGCUAUCAAUAGGAGCAAUGUUAAGAUCUCUUUAUUCAAAUUACGAUCACGCUAUUGAUCUUCUCUGGCCUAUAAUGACUGACCGCACUCUUCCUCUGCAACUACGUCUUGGAGCAUACAAUAUUCUCCUUCAACAAUCACAUACAAUGACUGAUUUCCUUCGAAUCCACUGGUUCAUGAUCACCGAAAGUAAUCAACAUCUGUAUAAUUUCCAUUUAACAACCAUCAGGAGUUUUGCAAAUUCGAAAUGUCCAUGUCUAGCUAAAAUGCGGGAAUUCGCAACGAAAAUUUUGCUAUUUACUCACGUCCCCACUACAGUUUCUCAAGAUUUGUCUGCUCUAUACGUUAUUGACUCAAUGAAUUCCGAAAGCGAUGGUUUACUGGUCAAAAUUACCGUAGUCCACGAUGAAUUCACUGAAGUACCCAAAAUUAUUUACAUACAGCAAUUCAUCAUGGAAGAUCAUAAAAUCGUCAGUAACUGGGCUCUUUACUUACAAAUUGAAGGCAUGGCUGAUAUGUUGAUGCUGUUCAAAAAUGACUUUUUGAAAUUCAUCAAUAGCCCAAUUUCCAAUACCUUUAUUUUUGAUUUCAUUAAAAAAUUCGCAGUUUCUGUGACCUUGUCACCACAUUCCUUCAUAGAUGUAUUGUUGUUUUACAGAGAUCAGGCAGUUAUGGUCGAUUACUACGACAAUGAAAGUUUUCUUGAUUUUAAUAAUGACAUUGAAAAAGUUAUUAACAGCUAUCUCACUCCAGUAGCGAAUACUCAAACUAUCAAACAUCAUAAUGAUUUUUUUUCGCAUCAUGUAUUCUACCAAAAUAUGAAUGAGCAGUAUUUAGUCAGUGAUAUGGGAUUACCCGUUGUUAUAAAAUCCUAUUCGCCGGUUGUUUUCUCUUUCCCGAUGAGUAUCAAUAACCAAUCAACGGAUAAUUCUGCGAUAAGUACAAACGUUGGUGCAAAAGUUUGGUUGUUCCAUGAUUAUUCAGUAUCAGUUUAUCAUCCAGUAGAUGACUCCUGGCACUCUUUUAAGCAGUCAUCAGUUGUCAAUGCCGAUGUUUCUUACCACGUUGAUAUCAAUUACAAUCCUGCUUUAAAGUUUUUGAAAUACUUCAAUCCAAGAUUCUGGGACAUUAAAUUUACAGAAGCAAAUGUGAUGAUCUACAAUAAAAAUAUCGUAACUGUCCAAGAAAACAAUGUUGGAAAUUUGACGAUACUGUAUCCGACUUGUAAUGUUGAAAAAAUGAUUACUCCGGAAAUUAGUAACAUCACGAAUUCUACUCAAGUCGCAUUUACUGACAAUGAAAAACAAUAUGAAAUAACAUCAUUCAAUUGUGAAAGUCAAUUGAACACAAUCACAAACGAACAAUACAUGGAAAUCUUACCAACAUUGUUUCCGGAUGGAAAGACGUUGGUUUAUAAUUACUAUGGUGAUUUGAAAACUGGAUUUCCUGCAGAAUUUGCAUCCCGAUACUCAAUCAUAGGAAAAUUUCACAUCACUAGUUACAUCAGUGAUCCAAAUCUUAAAAAUGCUUACACUCUAACUCUUAAAAAUGCUAAGAUUGGUUUUCAAUAUAGAAAAGCUACACAUUUUGAUCAAAACAAGUCUUAUUUGCCCGUUCCUGAAGCCGCGAAAGUAAUUGAAGAACCAUUUCUUGUUGAUUUCAGUGAAACAGGAGAGCUUGAGGGUAUUAAGUUUUCUGAACUUGAACCGGUUUGGUCUAAAAACAUGAAAUCUGCAUGGGCUUUAAUGUUUCAACUAAGCAUUGAAAAUGUAACUUUUAAAUUACCGGCAACAACUCAAAGCUUCGUUACUAGAGAGGUAAAUAGCGAUUGUUAA